UGACGGCCAGCGCCGGGGCCCCGCCUCCUCGGGCGCCGCCAUCUUGUUGUUGAUUCGAACGGUGGGGAGCGGGCGGCGGCGGCGGUGUUGUGGGCUCGGUGUCGCCAGCCCCGGGCUGGGCAGGCAGAGCCGGCCCGAAGCUGCGUACAGGAAGGAACUCGGCAAACCACGGUGCUAACAUGAAGCCAACAUGGCUGACUUACUUCUGGCAUCCUACUCCCUCUUGAUUGUGAGAGGUUGGCUCCAUAUUCCAGUGACUGCUCAACAGAGAGAGCUUGGGUGACACCUCUAAGGUCAUUGUAAGGGAGCAGAUCACCAGGAUUUCUCCCCUGUGUCUGCCUGACCGCUGCUGAGCCACCCUCCCAGCCCAUGUGGCUCUCCCCAUGCUCCAAGAGUCCAACUGGUGCCCAACGCAAUGUGUGUUUGUCAAACCAUGGAAGUGGGCAAGUAUGGCAAGAAUGCCACUCGAUCUGGAGACCGGGGGGUCCUGCUGGAGCCUUUCAUUCACCAGGUUGGUGGCCACAGCAGCAUGAUGCGCUAUGACGACCACACUGUCUGCAAGCCCCUCAUUACCAGAGAACAGCGCUUCUAUGAAUCUCUGCCCCCAGAAAUGAAGGAGUUCACACCUGAGUACAAAGGUGUGGUAUCUGUGUGUUUUGAAGGAGACAGCGACGGUUACAUUAACCUGGUGGCCUAUCCCUAUGUGGAGAAUGAGGCUGUGGAGCAGGAUGACAUGCCAGAGAGGGACCAGCCACGACGCAAGCACUCGCGUCGGAGUCUUCACAGAUCAAGCAGUGGCACUGAGCACAAGGAGGAGAGGCCUGGCCUGGCCAGUGACAGCACUGAAAGCAGCAUCCAGGAAACAAAGAGUCCCAGGGGGGACCUGCACAUCCAUUCAGAUGUUCCAUUUCAGAUGUUGGAUGGGAACAGUGGUCUGAGCUCUGAAAAGAUCAGCUAUAAUCCCUGGAGCCUACGCUGUCAUAAGCAGCAGCUGAGCCGCAUGCGGUCGGAGUCCAAGGACCGAAAACUCUACAAGUUCCUUUUGUUGGAGAACGUGGUGCAUCACUUUAGGCUUCCCUGUGUACUUGAUCUGAAGAUGGGGACCAGACAGCACGGAGAUGAUGCAUCUGAGGAGAAGGCUGCUCGGCAGAUGAAAAAGUGUGAACAGAGCACUUCUGCCACCUUGGGCGUGCGCGUGUGUGGGAUGCAGGUCUAUCAGCUGGACACAGGGCAUUACUUAUGCAGGAAUAAGUACUAUGGACGCGGUCUUUCCAUCGAGGGCUUCCGUAAUGCUCUCUACCAGUAUCUCCACAACGGCAUUGAGCUUCGCAAAGACCUCUUUGAGCCUAUCCUCACCAAACUGCGAAGCCUGAAGGCAGUUUUGGAAAGACAGGCCUCCUACCGCUUCUACUCCAGCUCCCUCCUCAUCAUUUAUGAUGGGAAGGACAGCAGGGCAGGAAUGUUUGUGGAGCGCCGUCCAGAGAUGCGCCUGAAGCGGGUGGACAGCUCUGUCCCGGAGAGCCCGCAGGAUGGUGGCAGCACAGAGCCCAGCUCCUCGGCCCAGCCCAAGGUGGAUGUGCGUAUGAUUGACUUUGCACAUAGCACGUUCAAAGGCUUUCGCGAUGACCCCACGGUGCAUGAUGGACCUGACAUGGGUUACAUGUUUGGGCUGGAAAGCCUCAUCAACAUCAUGGAACAGAUGCGUGAGGAAAACCAGUAGACCUGAGCUACAGCGUUUUAAUCUUGUCAUGGUGGCAGGAGCAGACACAACCACCUACUACCACAGGAAAAAAAGCAGACAACUUUGGUUUUAAACAAUUGUAUUGCUCCAUUGUUUUUAAAUGUACUUGGAUAGAAGAGCUGAGGGGAAGCAGGAUGGAAGAGCUCCUUAUGCUGACCCGAUGCUUCCAACCACACUAGCUCUGCCUUCUGGAGGAGGCUCUGUAGAUGCCUGCUGGGUGUUGGGUGUCCUGGUUCUUCACUUCUUGUGUAUGCAGUCUGGAGGGAGGACCUGGACAUAGGGAAGAAAAAGCAGGAGAGCCCGGGCUCUCCGGGGGGGCUGGAGCUGUGGCAUGAGGAGCCUCCUACCUCAGGAGCCCCUGGGAGAUCCUUCCCUUUGUAAUUCUCCUGAGUUAUUUGGAAGUUGGCAGUGUCUGUGGGGCUGAUGGUGAGCAGCACAGGUGCUGGUCCAUUCAUUUGGUGUGAGCUCUGCCCUGGGUUUUGCUGAGGGGGCUUUGCUUUUGAUGCUGCCUUUUUUCUGCUGUUUGGGCACUGUGAGUAACCAACCCAAACAUGGAAAUAAAAUGACCAAAUGCAACCCCUGGCAGAGCUGUGGCCGGGAGGGAAUGCUUGCACACCUGCAAUUGUGCUCAAGCCCGGGGCAGGCACAGGGCUUGGUAAGAGUAACUCUGCCCUGGCCUAUUGACCAAGCAAGAACUCAGCUCAUGGGCUAGCAAUAGUAUCUGUAGCAGUUAACGUGACCCUAGCUGUGCAGCGGGGCAUUUCGGACCAUUUCAACCCUUCCUGUCCUGUAAUGUUGGUCCCACAGGUCCUACGUGUGUGUGUCCCUCCAGGCCCAGGCUGCCCUCUUCCCCUCCGGCCCUUCUGGCUGGUCCAUGCACGGGGGUGAUGGAAGGGAAGGCUGAUGGUUAGGGCUGACCCCCUUCCUCCUCCGUAAGGGGCUCAAGGGGGGCAGGUGAGGGGGCACCUGGCUGAGCAGCCAGUGCUAUGGCCUGACUGCUUAGCUUUGCUUCACGGGGUCAGUCUUUCCUGAAAUAAACCACCAGUCUGUAGGUGAAGCAGCCAGCUGGGGUGUGCUCUGCUGCCUUGGUUCCCUCCCUGAGCCCAUGUGUUACCCACUGCCUCCCUUGAUGAGGGCAUUAAUGUUUGAUACUGUGGCCUCGUGGUACCAAACCAUACCCUGCUCUGCAUCACCUCCCACCCCAUGUUUCUGUGCUGGGACCCCCAAGCUCCCUCCCCAGUGUCACUGACUUGUUCCAUGGUGUUCCCAUUACCCUGGCUGCUGGAGAGGCCGCCUGGGUACUGGUGAGGUUGGUCUGGUUUUGUUUUUUGCACUUCAGGAAAGCUUGUUAAGGGAAUGCUCGCAUGUCGCAUGUGUCCUGACUUGAUGUGUGCACAGUCUGCUUGGGAAUUGUCAGUGCUUGGCUAGCGAGAGCAGGCACAGGUCCAUGGCACUGUGUGUGGAAGGGGCAAGGGAAGUGCCAGCUUUGUCCUGAACCGUACCCCUGCCUGUCUCCUAAGCCACUACUCCCCUCUGGCUGAAGACCUUUAUUCACACCACACUGCUCUGUGCUGGGUUACUUCAUUGCUUCUGCGAGUCACUGCCGCACGAGGCAGGGCCCCUGGGAAUGUUGGGGAGCAGGGGUGGCUGGACAGAGCGAGGGGGGCUAAGGGCUGUAGUUGUGGGUGCCUUGGGUACCUCCCAACAGCCGUGUUGCCCAUCGCAGCCCACCCUGUGCAUGCCCUUGUCCCUUGUGGGCUGUGCUUGGGCAGGUGCAGGCCCCUUUCCUGGGAGGCAUCUCGGCCUCCCCCCCACUU